GAUUCGCCUUUAGUAUCAUUCCUUGACCGGUUGCUCGCGGAUUAAUAAAAUUGAAAUUCUUGAAAAAUUUCUUUUCUGGGAAUUUUAUGUGAUUUGAAUCCUUAAACGCGUAACUCAAAAGAUUAUCGCGAAAUUUGCUCAACUCGUACGUUAGAUGAUCCGUGAAAUUGCUUAAAAGGAGAAAGUUAUAAAAAAAUGGAACAAUGGGUUGGAAAGAUUGCGGUUGUGACGGGAGCAACCACUGGUGUUGGAGCGGCUAUUGUUAUUGAGUUAGUUAAGGCCGGCAUGAUUGUUUGUGGAUUAGCAAAAAGAAAGGAUAAAGUGGAGGCUCUUCGUAAAGAUGUCUUUGGCGCAAAAGGACAACUUAACGCCGUUGAAUGUGAUAUUACAUCGGAAGCCUCGGUAACUCAGGCAUUCUCCUGGAUUGAAAAGACAUUAGGGGGUAUCGAUCUACUGGUGAAUAAUGCCGGAAUCAUUAGCAAGUAUCUGCUCCUCGACGAGAACAACAUCAAGGAUUUGAGAUUAAUGCUGGAUACGAAUCUCAUAGGAUUGAUAAUUUGCACUAAACAAGCGCUCAAGAUGAUGAAGGCGCGAGACGUCCAGGGGGUUGUGGUGAACAUUAACAGCAUUUUAGGUCAUAAAACAAACACAUGUGUGCCUGGGACAAAACCAGUGAACGGAAUGUAUCCGGCUUGCAAGUUUGCCAUGACAGCCCUAACAGAAUGCCUCCGCCAAGAAGUUAUGUUCUUUGAGAUGUCAGCCAAAAUAAUUAACUUAAGUCCUGGCUUAGUGGAAAAUGACAUCUUGACAGCGGGGUCAGAUAAUGAUCUAGUGAAUUUAAUGCCACGACUGGCUGGCUCGCAGGUUGCCAAGGCUCUUAUGUUUGCCAUAUCCACGCCGGAAAAUGUUUUGGUUCAAGACAUCAUUAUAAAGCCCCAGGGUGAGUUUGUCUAACAUCACAUCGAGCUCAGCACACAUUAUUGAUUCACUACUGUGUAUUAGAAAUAAAUGCAAUUAAAAAACUUUA